AUGAUGGACACCAACAGCUUCUCUCUGUUGGGUCUUCUUCACUUCAUCCACUCCUCUGAACUUCUCAGGGACUUCGCCACGCGAGAACUCAACGCCUUUUUAUGGCUAUCUCUUGUUGUUGUCACCACCCUUUUGCUCAGAAGAUUGCUCAGCCUCUUUGGGUUGUGGCGCAGAGCUAGGACCAUUCCUGGGCCUCCCUCAUCCUCUUUCUCUGGCCACUGCAAGCUCUUUUCCCGGCCUAAUUUCACCUUUACUGAUGUGUUGUCAGAAUCCCAUCAAAAGUAUGGACCAAUUGUUAAGCUGUGGUUAGGUCCUACUCAGCUUUUGGUGUCCGUAAGGGAUCCGGCGUUAAUCCAAGAGAUGCUCACAAAAGCCGAGGAUAAGUUGCCUUUUACGGGAAAAGUGUUUCAUCUAGCCUUUGGGCAAUCGAGCCUCUUUGCCCCUUCCUUUGAAAAGGUGCAAAAGAGAAGGGAAUUAUUAGCUACAGAAUUAAAUGAAAGACUGCUGAAGAAUGAUGAUAUGAUUCCUGUGAAGGUUGCGGAUUUUAUUUCUGAUAAAAUAGAAAAAAUCAGAAAGAAAGGAGGUAUUGAUUCCAGGUUGGUUUCUCAGCAUAUGGCUUUCACUAUAAUGGGAGCCACGUUCUUUGGAGAUGGCUUCUUGGCCUCGUCGAAGGCUGCAAUGUAUGAGGAACUGUUUAUGACAAUCGCUAAAGAUGCUUGCUUUUGGGCCUCGUAUAACGUUACUCCUUUCUGGAGACGUGGAUUUUGGAGGUACCAAAGCUUAUGCACAAAGUUGAAAUGCUUAACUGAAGACAUCCUUCAACAUUGCAGAAAAGGCUGCAAACUAUUUGGCUAUACCGACCAAGAUGUACAUAAUGAAAGUUCCAACAAAGGUGGUUCACAAUGCUGCUCUGAUGGUGAGUUCCAAGAUUACUAUUUCUUUCGUGAUCUUAAGGAUUAUCAAGAUGGUAAAGAAGAACCUUGUGGGAACGUCAUGCGCAUGAUAUUUCAUGGAUGCCAAUCUACAUCUGCUUUAAUCACCAAUGUAUUGACUAGGCUUGUCAUGCAUAUGGAAAUACAGGAUAAGGUUUAUUCGGAGAUUAUCAUGGUAGGAAGAAACCCAUCGAAAUAUGAGCAUGAAGAUGUUUAUAGGAUGCCUUUGUUAUUGGCGACAAUUUAUGAAUCUGCACGCCUUCUACCCACUGGUCCCAUGCUGCAGAGGUGUUCUUUGAAACAUGACUUGAGCUUUGCAACUGGAGUAACCAUACCUGCUGGAGCUGUAUUGGUUGUACCUGUUGAAUUGCUACAGAAGGACGACUUCAGUUGGGGGAGUGAUGCAAGUCAUUUUAAUCCUUACCGAUUUCUCUCAACUGUUACAAAGGGAUCAGGUUCUGCCGAAGACCUUUCUGUUACAGGAUUCAGUUCAUUUGUACUAAAUGAUCCAAAUGAAAAUGCAGCAUUCCUUCCUUUUGGAUCCGGUGCACGUGCUUGCAUUGGACAGAAAUUUAUCAUCCAACUUGUUGCCUCAGUGUUGGCAUCAUUGCUCAAAAAAUAUGAGAUACAGCUUAGCUCAGGCUCAGAUGAUGACAAAAACCCAACCUUGAAGAAUAAUCUUCCUCAGCGUCAUCCCAGUUCACAGAUAUUAUUCGUGAGAAGGGAGCAGUGA